AUGUUGGCUCUUCGCGACCAGGAAAACCUGGUAAAUACCCACCAGACCGCCGCGGCUGCUAAGCCCUUGAACCAAAGCAAGCCGCUGGCACCCAAGACACCCGGCAAGGCACGAAAUGACGAGAACAACCCACUGGCAUUUGGAAACCGCACGGUGAAGGGCAAUGGGAACCGCCAGGAUAAUGGGAAACCGGGCAACAACGCGUUCAUGACUCCAAUGGUGAGGGACCGAGCUCCUCUGGGCAUGAAAACGACCAAUCUCAAAGCCAACAACCUCCAAACCCCUGCGCCCUUUGGGGGAACCAAGCAACCGAGGACAAACCGCAGACAGUCGACUGCCCAGAAGAUCAGAAAAGCUGCCCCAGUGACACAGCAGGCCCAAGCCAAAGUCCACAUCGAUGCUGCUGCAGAUGAUGUACCGGAUAUUGAGUACAUGCCGCCGAAGCCUAGAGAUCUUCCGGACCUUCCAGACGAUGUGACAUAUGACACUACAUUCCCCCAAUUCCAACCGAAGAAUCGAGCUCUAGGUUUGGAGAGUGUUUACGGAAAGCAACAAGUCGGCAGCGAUGGACUCACGGCGAAACAACGCAAAUUCCAGGAGGAUUCUGCGGCGUGCGAUAGGAUGGUGAAUGACAUGAUCAUGAAACAACUCGACGACAUUGGUUUUGAGAGCUCUGGUGAGAACGAGUCGACAAAGACACUUGAGCCAAAUGCUAUCCCCUCAAAAAGACCUACAACCACCACACGACACACUCGCAAUGUGUCGACGCUCCGAGCUCGUGAUGCUGUCGCUGCGCUUGGCGGAUCCCGGCCAACUGUUGCACCUCGAGUGGCCCCAAUCCCAAAGCCACGGGUGGCAUCGUUGGCAUCGUCGCUGGUUAUGCCCAAGAGGCAUGCCAGAGUCCCGUCUAACCCAUCUUCCAUGCGCAAUACUGCUGCCGUUGUCAACUCUCGUACGACCGUUGGCUAUUCCAAAGGACGCAAUGUGUCGUCUACCCUGCGUGAUAAUCAUUCCCAAACGCAGAAGCCCUCGAGCUCGCAGGUCCUGUCUCCCGAAACUUAUAUGCAACUGUAUGGCCCCCCUCCGCUGGACUCGGAAAUGUGGACUCGUUGCAAUGCUGCUGGAUGUUUCGAUGCCCCGGACGAGAUCACCCAGGAACCGGAAGAACCAUUGCCCACGUUUGACGAAGAUGAUGAGGCCCAGAGCUUCCAGCUCACUCUGUAG